GCAAACGUUGCACCUGUGCGCGGUCUCUCAUUGGUUGAAAGCGCAGUCAGAUUCCACCGCAGAAUUAUCGGAUUGAAAAUCAGGGAGGGGAGUUAAAAACGCAACGCAACAAACUCACAGCGAUGCAGUGCUUAUGUUUCUAAACAACGGAUUUUACACAACACGACGUUUGCCUCCUACACAAGAAUAAAGUUAAACAAGGAUAUUUCAAAUUCAGAAUAAUCAUGCCACGAUCGUUUUUGGUGAAAAGUAAAAAGUGUUCGUCCUACAAUGUCCAUCGACCCAUCGACACCGAGCAAAUCGAACAAAAAAAACUUUCGGACCCAGGACCCAAAACAAUCCCAGCAUUAGUCUCGUCAGAAGCAAACGAGGCUAAAUCCCCAGAGCAGCCCAAGUUAGAGCCCGUCACCCAGCUGUCACGCAAAGACCCGUAUGACUUCAUCAAGAGUGAGCAAGAACCCGAUUGCCCGAUACCAUCUCACCCUGAGGUCACAAUCCGUCGCCCUUACUUCAUAUCUGAGCCUAAACUGGCAGAAUUCCCACCCUAUUAUAAGAGCUCUUACACUUGGGAUCAUGUUCCUUCUCCAUAUGACUUCAGGCAGAUGAGCUUCCCUCCGUCGCUCCUUCAGCACGCCAGCAGUUUGUAUGGAGCUCACUUGAAGCAAAGCUCAGAGCUUCCACAGCCGCUGGACUGCAGCACACACUACUCACCGACAUCCAACACCUACCACUGCAUUACCUGUGACAAGGUGUUUUCCACCCCUCAUGGACUUGAGGUUCACGUCAGACGUUCUCACAGUGGCACGCGUCCAUUCGGCUGUAGUAUCUGCAGAAAGAGCUUUGGUCAUGCAGUUAGCUUAGAGCAACACAUGAACGUCCACUCUCAGGAAAGAAGUUUCGAGUGUAAGAUGUGCGGGAAGACUUUCAAACGCUCCUCGACGUUGUCCACUCAUCUUCUGAUUCACUCGGAUACACGGCCGUACCCCUGCCAGUACUGCGGCAAGAGAUUUCACCAGAAAUCUGAUAUGAAGAAACACACCUACAUACACACAGGUGAGAAACCUCACAAAUGUCAGGUGUGCGGUAAGGCCUUCAGCCAGAGCUCCAACCUUAUCACACACAGCCGGAAACACACCGGAUUCAAGCCGUUCGGAUGCGAGAUCUGCUCCAAGGGCUUCCAGAGGAAAGUGGAUCUUCGCAGACAUCACGAAAGCCAGCACAGCCUUAAAUGAUGGAGGUGUGAUGAAUAGUAAUGAAGACGAUCCAUGGCACCAAAAAGACACCUGAAGAAUGUAGAACGUUCAUGUUAACAUCCUUUAACGUAACCUACUUUUCCGAAAUUCAUCAAAAUGACAAGAUAAAGCAAUAAGCCUGGAAAAUUGAAGGCGAACUCAAUGAUUUUUGUUGUCAUUUUACAAAUGCACUUUUUGUAGUAAGCCAUGAUUCAUCUAUUAUGUGAGCAAAAGUGUCUGAAUAGUGCACAUGUCCAACACUGUCAGAAAAGUGGUCUUGAGGUGUCACCGGGGCAGUACCCUUUCAAAAAGUACACUUUUGGAUAUAAAUAUAUACAUAUCUGGGUGAUUCUCACAAAAUCCAGAUUUAGAAGGUGUCCAGCAUUAGAAUUUUUAAAAAGCCCUUGAAGCCUUUUUUUGCACAUAUAAGUUUAAGGUCUGAACUUACUAUAACCAUUAUUUUUAGAGGAUUUCCUAGAAUUAUUUAAAUUUUUUAGAUUAUCAUUAUCAAAAAUUAUCAUUACCGCAACAUGUUAUUACAUUAAAUAUAUGCAUUUACAAACUCAUGUUUCGGUAAUGAGUACUAAAAAGUUGUUUAGGUACUAUGACAAAAUGUCAACUUUUAUCUGAAGAGAAAAAAUAAGAACUGCUUACCUGGUAGCCAUCUUGUGUGUCACAGUCAAUUAUGUCCCUUCCAACAAUUUUUUUUAAAUGUUAGUUCCUUGAGGGCUUAAAACAAUGAUUGAAAAAUGUUACGGAGGAUGAGAAAAUUGGUCUUGGACACAUUUAUAUUCCUUAUUAUUGUCUUUACAUUUACCAAUGAUCACCAAAUACCACGUUUCUUUACUGUAAAUGUUUAUAGUAUAACAUGCACUGAAGCUUUUUAUUAUUAUUUUUUUAAUUAUAAAUAUUUCCAUGUCAAAGAACCCAAAUCCAGUCAUGGACACAUUGCGGUAAUGACAAUUUUCCCCUUAAAUGUGCAUAAAAACAAGCUUGGUUUGUAUGAUGUCAUUUGAAAUCAUGAAGUACAUGAAGAGAUGUUUGUAACC